GAAAUGUACUUGGAAGGAUGGUAAAUUUCCUCUGCAGAGGUGAAAAUUUCCAUAUGAUGUAGUUUUGCUACUCGUGGAUCUUUCUCACUCUGUUUUCAGGAAGCUCCGGAGUCGUUUGAUCGUUGGUGACUGGAAGUUCUCUCCGCGAGGGAGAGUAAGGAAGAAGAAGAAGAAGAAGAGAGGUCAGUCGAAUCGAAUGCGAUCUUGAUUGUGAUUAUACUCGCCGGUGUCUCAGCCCAAGUCCCAUGUUCAGUUCGCUCUCUAAAACCCUACUUCGCCGCCCGCUGUUCUUGCCCACCACCCUCAAAUUAUUCUCCACCGCCACCGCCACCGCCACCGCCACCGCCAACUCGAAUCGAACCUCUUUCGCGUUCUCUUAUCUCGUGAAUUCAUGUGGGUUGUCCCCGGAAUCGGCGCUGUUCGUUUCCAACCGCGUCACCUUCGAAACCUCGGCGAGAUCCGACGCGGCCGUUAACGUCUUCAAGAGCCAUGGUUUCUCUCAAUCCCAGAUCUCGGGUAUCAUUAGGAAGUGCCCUACGCUGAUUCUGGCGAGUCCUGAGAGGACCCUCUUGCCCAAAUUGAAGUAUCUGCGCUCUGUCGGCUUUUCCGGCUCUGACCUGGCGCCAAUGAUCACCUUUGCUCCCUACUUUUUGACUAGGAGCUUAGAGAAGCACCUCAUCCCCAAUUUCAGUAGGCUGCGGGACUUCCUUGGGUGCAAUAAGAGCGCGGUUACAGCUAUUAGACGCAGUCCAAGAAUAUUGUUACAUGGUUUCGAGGCUACAGUUGAUCGUGUCGUCAAGAUUUUGAGAGAUAAUGGAGUGCGUGAAUCAAGCAUUAUGUGGUUAGUUAAGUUUCAUUUAAGGAAGUUGAUGAAUUCGUACGAUCACCUUGAGAAAAUUGUGGAGAAAACCAAGGGGAUGGGCUUUGAUGAUCCUUCUGCGGCAAAGUUCGCUGUGGCUAUGGUAGCAGUCAUGGGGAUGAGCGAAUCAACUUGGGAGAGGAAAGUGGAUGCUUACAGCAGGUGGGGUUGGUCUAGAGAUGAUGCCAUGAGUGCUUUUGUGAAGAGUCCUUGGUGCAUGACAUUGUCUGAGGAAAAAAUAACCGCAGUGAUGGGAUUCUUUGUCAAGGAAAUGGGGUUUGAAUCUUCCUUUCUUCUGCAACAUCCUACCUUGAUGUCGCUGAGCUUAGAAAAACGGAUUCGUCCUCGAUGUUUGAUUUUUAAACAUUUGUCGUCACAUGGUUUGAUGAAGACAAAGUUUGGCUUGACUACCCUGUUGACGAUUUCUGAUAAAGAUUUCCUGGUGAGGUUUGUGACCCCUCAUAUAGGGGUAGCUCCAGAAUUGCUGGAUAUAUAUCAGGAGAAGAAGCAUAUGGCGAUGGGGGCACUGGUUCCAUGAAAUGGCACAUGGUACCAAAUAAUUCGUUUGUCCCUCUUUCAUUUAAGAAUUUUUCCAAAUUGAGAAGCUUUGGGAAAGUGCCAAAAGGAACGAGGAAACCAUAGCUAUGAAUGCUUGGAAGUCUCAAUCUUCUGAUACACAGCAAUCUUCAGAGUGACAGCUGUGCCAACUUCAAGACCGCGAGACUGGACUUGGUCAUUCACUUCUUCAUGAACAAUGGCCUUCUAUUGAUACCAGAUCUCGCAGAUCAUUAGGGACACUUCCUCAGGUGAUUGUGGCCAAUCCUGGGAGGGAACCUUUUGCCCAAAUUCAAUUAUGUGUUCUCUCGGCUUUUCCUACUAUGAUCUGGCCAAAGUCAUCACCGCUUUUCAGGUGUUAUGAAGUUGAAGCAAUCUUUUCAUGACGAGACCAAGAUAUGAAGUUGCAUAAUUUAUGGUUUAUGUUACGUAUUUUAACUUAUGUUGUCUUUUUUUAUUUCAUGUGUUUGUCUUCUACGAUUUGUCAUUCUUUGCAAGUGAUGAUUUUUAUUAUUACCUUAUCUUAGAUUUAUGUUUGUUAUGUAUCGAUAUUUAUAGUUUGAUUGCGUAAUAUCGCAUUAUCGAUGGAUAUAUAAUUUGAAAGAA